AUGCAAUGUCCUGCUUUUAAAAAUGGCAACAUUACUCUCAAUGAUAUGUUAAGUGAUUGUGAUGGAUUUUCAGAUAAAGAAUUUCCUAAAAUUUACGACUUCGUAAUCAAGUAUCCUGAAAAAACCGUUCUUGUCUUUGAUGGUCUUGAUGAACUAUCCUUGAAUGAAGAAUGCCUUAAUAUUGAUGUUUCAAUCCUCUAUAAUGCGAAAAUUCCAGCAUUUACAAUAUUAAGUUGGUUUGUAAAACGUAAACUGUUGCUUGGUGUCACUUUUGUUAUAACAUUGCGACCCACAGCUGAAUAUGGAUUUGAUGAACUAAAAUUCGAUCAAACAGUUGAGCUUCGUAGCCUGUGCUACAUCCCUGUCAUCACUUAUAUUGUCUGUUUGACCCUAAAGGAAUGCUUUAUAAAUAAUUAUGACGAUAUUCCAAAGACAAUCACUGAAUUGUACAGCAGAGAAAUUAAAACCUUACUAUCCUUCUCUCAAGAAAAAAAAACGCCGAAAAAUCAUUUGACUAUCCCAUUACCAUCCUCACGAGAUAAGGAUAUAAAAAAAAUAGAAGAAACAGCAAAGAAAGGAAUUGAGGAAGGAAUUUUGAUUUUUGAAGAAGAUAAUAAUACAGAAUUUCAUAAUUUGGCAAACUGUGGUGUUUUCUAUCAGAUACCACAUAAACGACGCUUUUUUUAUUGUUUUCUUCAUUUGACUCUUCAGGAAUUUUUAGCUGCGUGUUAUAUUGUUGACGAUUGGCUAAACCUUGGUAAAUUUUUGGAUGAUCACGUUGCAGAUCCUAAAUGGCAUUUGGUGAUUGAAUUCAUUGCUGGUUUAGUUGGAGAUAUGAAAAAAAGAGGAGAAGUAAAGGAUAUUAACGUUGUUGAACAAAGGUUUACAUUUUGGAUCUCACAUUUCUUUUCCAAUGACGGCAAUAAAGCAAUUGGUUUUCUGGGAGUAAAGUGCUUAUACGAGUUGCAAGACAAAGAUGUCAUGAGGUCAGCAUGUACACAACUAAAUAAGAAUUAUUCUCGAGAAAUGAAGAUUGAAGACGUUUCUUUUACUCCGGUUGAUUCAAAAGCAUUUUUCGAAUUUCUUUCGGAAUGCAAACACAUAAAUGAAGUUUUGUUCUCUUUGUGUGAGUUUAUUGAUAAUCAUAUCUGCCUUGCAAUGAAAGAGUAUUUAACAAACAGGACAGACGACAAAUUACUCUCUUUGCAAUUUGAAUCAUGUGAUUUUAGUCGUUAUUUUUUGAAAUAUCUCAGCGAAACUUUAAAGUGUGGUAACUUUACAUUCACUGCAUCUAACAACUCUAUUAAUCUAGAAAAUGAAAGUGCUAAAUAUCUUAAUGAAGCUUUGAAAUUUAAGAAUUGUAAAAUUGCGGAUUUAUAUAUUGAUGCCAAGGAUUUAGAUGAUGAAGGCGCUAAACAUCUUAGUGAAGCUUUGAAAAGUGAGAAUUGUAUACUUACUGAAUUGUCUCUUAAUGACAGCAAGAUAGGUGAUGAAGGCGCUAAAUAUCUUAGUGAAGCAUUAAAAAGUGAGAAUUGUAUACUUACUGAAUUGUCUCUUAAUGACAGCAAGAUAGGUGAUGAAGGCGCUAAAUAUCUUAGUGAAGCAUUAAAAAGUGAGGAUUGUAAACUUACUGAAUUGUAUCUUAAUGACAACAAGAUAGGUGAUGAAGGCGCUAAAUAUCUUAGUGAAGCAUUAAAAAGUGAGAAUUGUAAACUUACUAAAUUGGAUCUUAAUGACAACAAGAUAGGUGUUAAAGGCGCUAAAUAUCUUAGUGAAGCUUUGAGAAGUGAGAAUUGUAAACUUACUCAACUGCAUAUUUAUAAAAACGAUAUAGGUGGUGAAGGUGCUAAAUAUCUUAGUGAAGCAUUAAAAAGUGAGAAUUGUAAAUUUACUAAAUUGGAUCUUGCAAGUAACCUAAUAGGUAAUGAACGCGCUAAAUAUCUUAGUGAAGCAUUAAAAAGUGAGAAUUGUAAACUUACUGAAUUGGAUCUUAAUGACAACAAGAUAGGUGAUAAAGGCGCUAAAUAUCUUAGUGAAGCUUUGAAAAGUGAAAAUUGUAAACUUACUCAAUUAUAUCUUAAUGACAAUAAGAUAGGUGAUGAAGGCGCUAAAUAUCUUAGUGAAGCAUUAAAAAGUGAGAAUUGUAAACUUACUGAAUUGGAUCUUAAUGACAACAAGAUAGGUGAUGAAGGCGCUAAAUAUCUUUGUGAAGCUUUGAAAAGUGAGAAUUGUAAACUUACUCAGUUGGAUAUUUUUGAAAACGAUAUAGGUGUUAAAGGUGCUAAAUAUCUUAGUGAAGCAUUGAAAAGUGAGAAUUGUAAGUUUACUAAAUUAAAUCUUCCAAGCAACCUAAUAGGUUAUGAACGCGCUAAAUAUCUUAGUGAAGCAUUAAAAAGUGAGAAUUGUAAACUUACUAAAUUGGAUCUUAUUAACAACAAGAUAGGUGAUGAAGGCGCUAAAUAUCUUAGUGAAGCAUUAAAAAGUGAGAAUUGUAAACUUACUCGAUUGCUUAUUUGUGAAAACGAUAUAGGUGAUGAAGGUGGAAAAAAUCUUAGUAAAGCAUUAAAAAGUGAGAAUUGUAAACUUACUGAAUUGGAUCUUGAUAACAAUAAGAUAGGUGAUGAAGGCGCUAAAUAUCUUAGUGAAGCAUUAAAAAGUGAGAAUUGUAAACUUACUAAAUUGGAUCUUAAUAAAAACAAGAUAGGUGAAGAAGGCGCUAAAUAUCUUAGUGAAGCAUUGAAAAGUGAGAAUUGCAAACUUACUCGAUUGGUCAUUUAUGAAAACGCUAUAGGUGAUGAAGGUGCUAAAUAUCUUAGUAAAGCAUUAAAAAGUGAGAAUUGUAAACUUACUCAAUUGGAUCUUGAUAACAAUAAGAUAGGUGAUGAAGGCGCUAAAUAUCUUAGUGAAGCAUUAAAAAGUGAGAAUUGUAAACUUACUCGAUUGCUUAUUUGUGAAAACGAUAUAGGUGAUGAAGGUGGAAAAUAUCUUAGUAAAGCAUUAAAAAGUGAGAAUUGUAAACUUACUCUAUUGUAUCUUGAUAGAAACAAGAUAGGUGAUGAAGGCGCUAAAUAUCUUAGUGAAGCUUUCAAAAGUGAGAAUUGUAAACUUACUCAAUUGGAUCUUUAUUGACAACAAUAAAGGUGAUGAAGGCGCUAAAUUUCUUAUUGAAGCUUUGAAAAUGAAAAUUGUAAACUUACGGAAGUGUACUUUUCUGCUUACAAAAUUAGUAAUCAAGGCACCAAAUAUUUUAGUGAAGCCUUAAAAUGUGAGAACUGUAAACUUACUGAAUACUUAAGAUUGAACACUAACAACGUAGUUUGCAAACGGAAAAGCCUAGUACUUAAGCUUGGCCAACCAUUGUCUAUUAAGAAAAGAUUCGUUUGCAGUGGUGUACUGGGCUCUGACUUGCUUCAAUUUAAGGCCCUUUAGCUUUUUACUAUUAGGGGGGACCAUAAAAAGUAUACCCAAAAUAUUUUGUUAUAAUAUAUUGUCAUAAACAACAAUUUCUGCAGAAUUUAGCUAUCCUAAGCUGUUUUUAACUUUGCAAAAUAAUUCAGUGUUGUAAAAAGAACAGUUAAUCCAUUUCCAAUGACUUCGACACCUCUCAAAAGUACUUUAAAAUGUUAGUUUGUGCAAUGCCCGUUUGCCUGCUUUAAUUUUUAUUUCUCACUAAGGGGGCCUUACAAUGGGCUCAUAUGCUAUAGCGCAUGCAAUUGCUAGUAGAGCAAUCCAUGCGUGAUGCAUAACUGUUAUCGACAUCUACUUUAUGAGUAAUAUAGCCAUGAUUUUCUUUUGUUGCGCAAAUUGUAAGCUUGAUAAAAUGCAAGUUUGUAGCUAUCUUAAUUUUUCAGGAAUGAACUGGAAUAACUUUUCAUCAAAUUUUACCCAGCUGGUUUUUAGCUAUAUAUUUCUACGUAGUUUUUAUAAAAACUUUGCAUAUUUUCAGCUUUCUUAUUCAAGUGAAGUGAACGCAUUUUAUUUUAAAGUUGGCUCGCGCACGCAGUAGCGAAGAGUUUCAUUAAGUUUUCUUGACUAACUAAAAUGACUGAAAAUGAAAAUUUGUUACUUUAAAAUUUCCUCUCAUGCAAAAGCCUAAGUAAAACUCUGAAAAAGCGUCUCCUGGGAAAAAAUUGGCUUUCUUUUGUCACAUAAACUCAAAAAAGACAACAAAAUAGCCUGUAGGUGCGCAAGCCACAUAUAUUUUACUUCGUAUAAUUCCACCUCUAGCUUAAAAGAUUAUAAUUUUUUUAUUUACUAUACAGUAAAUGAAUAAUUUAUGUUCAUUUUGGAACUUUCAUUUCAUGGAAACGUACCUUCAUUUUAAUUCAUUUUGUAAAGUAAAAGUAUUGUUUAAUUUUAAGAUAGACAAUUUUCAUUUGUUUGUUUUGUUACCUUUAUAACAUUUACUGUAAAUAGUAAAAAUUGUUACAAACAAUGAUAGACUGAAAUGAUGUUGUAAAUUUUUAAGUAGCCAAUGAAAUUUAAAUAAUAAACAUAAA